AAACGUGCCUGGAAAAGACUUGCUGUCCAGUGUAGCGGAACCAAGUGAUCGCUGCCAGUCGCCUGCAGAUGUUUCCACUUAAGGAGGAGGUGUACUGAACCUUACAGAUGAGAUAGUAAAAAUACGUUCAUCAGUUAAAACAGUAUAGUCUGAAAGAGAGGCUACUCGCCGCAAGAAGCAGGAGUACUUUCAGCCGUUACAUAGACUAAAUAUGGGAUUUUACAAAGUUUCUCUUCUUUUCUUCUGUUUGGCAAUGACAGAAGUCUUUUCUCAAAAUAUGGAAACUUCUGAAAAUGUCAGAGGCAAGGAAAAUGCUAAAAUCUCAAAUUUAAACACUUCAAAAAAUCAGUCUGCUUUAAAUGACUCUGCCAGUAGUUCUGAGAGCUUGGACGCAUCCCCCUCCGAAAAUGUAAGAUUCGCUUCAACGAGUCUUAGAAAUAAUCAAGCUAAAAACAAAUCAAAAACUUCAGAAUUUUUCCUCAAAAAUAAGAGACCAACAAAUACAGUAAAAGAUUCCCAGGAAAACCAACAAAUAAAAGCGCAAUCGACAGUGCAAUAUGCGACUUCCACCAAUAACUGGAGGCCUCCAGGAUUGCGACAGAAUUAUCGAGAAGCUAAUGUCUAUCAAGGACUCCGUAGCAAUGACAAAUCCUCAGUGCAGCAAUUUUCAGAAGAAGAAAAAGAUUUACAUCCACGACUUAUCGAAAUCUGGGGAUCUUCUCCCGAUUCCAAAACAAAACAAAUCGUCAAAGAAAGCCAACAAUCAGUCCCUGCGAUUCCUACAGUUAUAACAGAGUCUCGAUCUUUUAUCACAAAUCCUCAAAUUUCAUCCACUCAUCUGAACUAUUCACCAGCUUCAUAUGAAAUGUCAGAAAGACCAACAGAUGUUUACAAUGGGAAUUAUUCUCCAGUUAGCGGCAGUGCAGAGAGAUAUAGCUCACAGGGAGAACCCCAUCCUCCACAUCAUGUUCAUACAGAAACAACACACGAUUAUGGUCGAUUUUUAGCAGAAGACUACAGGUCAAAAAUCGAAAAAGAAGCCGAAGAGCUAAUAAAACGGCAGAAAGGUCAUAACAGUACAAAUAGUGCGAAAUCUGGUCCAAAUAGACAACAUGAAGGGUAUAGUCAUCCUAAACAGGGUGUAAGUUCUUACUACAAUACAGGUGGUACUAAUGAUGAUAGAUACUCCAAUAAUUACAACAGAAAUCCCCAUCACUAUGAAGUAACAUCGACAGAAGUUCCAUAUCAUACUCCACGGCCUGGUCCCCAUUCACUUCCCGUUACAGCCCCAUACUCAAUGAGGCCACCUACUGUUUCACCCGAAAACGUGUAUUCUCCAUAUUCUCAAGCUCCACAAGGAACUAACACUCCUUACCGAAAUUUGCCUCAAAAAUAUUCGAAUGUUCCAGAACAGCUUAGCAGUCCGCACCAAAAUUUGCCCUCACAAUAUUUGAAUGCUCCACGACAGCCUAGUAGUUCCCACGGAAAUUUGCCUUCACAGUAUUCUAGUGGUCCUACGCAAACCAGUGUAACCCACCAGAAUACGUCUCCUCAUUACUCCGAUGGUCCUCGAGAAACUUAUUCUUCAGAAGAAGAUCUUCCAAAUACUGUUAAAAAAGUUAAUCCAAAUUCUUUACGUAAUAUAAAACCAUACUCUGUAAAACCUAUAGGAAUGGGACAUAAUGAUUUCUUGACAUCUUAUAAAAAAGUCAUAGCUUUAUACAGAUCCUUGGGAUUUUUUGAUGCACCGAGCAUUGAUAACAUGCAAAGAUUUAUACAAACUCAUGCUUUUGAUGAUACUAUUUACGCUGUAACAUCACCAUCAUCCAUAGAAACCCAGCAGUACACAUCAAAAGAGAUGGAAACAGAUUCAUACGGCCGUGCGAAUCAAAACAAUCAACAAUACCCCCAAUCUCAUAGAGAAAAUCCUUUGACGGCUGAACGCACUUUAGUACCAGCACAUAAUGCUUACAGUGGGCAUCCUGUACAUCCACCUGCUCAUCAAUUGCAACAUCAGCAACAUGCGCAAGCACUAAAUGCUUUAAAUGGUCAAACUCAGAAUAAUAGCCCACAUACAUCUAAUAAUGGUCAUAUACUUCGACAUCCACAGUCAGCGUACAAUAAUCCAAAUGUUCAGCAAAAUGUGCAUUCUGAAGAGCAGUUCAUUCCAAGAAAUUUCGAUGGGGCUAAAUUAAAUUCAGGUCAGCGUAAUGCACAUUACCAACAGCAAGAUCUUCCUCAAGGAACGUUAAGACAAGCAGGAAUAAGAACUCCUAAUCCAGAGCUUCAUUUAAAUUAUGAUUACCCAGAACAAAAAUCCCCAGUUAAUAAUGAAAAUAGGGAAAAUAAUUUUAAUCAGGAGCCACACAGACAGUACGUAACAUCCAAUUAUGAAGGCAAAGUUCAUAAUUAUUCACCAGAUACAAGGAGCAACAGAUUUCAAGGAAAUCCGCAUUUACGGGAAACUAUAGGCCACGUAAAACCUGAAGUAUAUUCUCAUUUACGAGACAUGAAUAACCAGCAAAACUGGAAUCAAGAGAGAAACUACCAUCAAUCACAAUAUCCCUUGGCUCCCAUACGACCGUUAGAACCCGUUUUCAAUUCAGAAAUAAGGAAACAUCAUUAUACAAAUCAAAAUGCAUAUCCCAUUACUAGUGAUACAGCAUCCGUUAACAAUCGUGGAAUGCAAGGAUGGGAAGGCAGGCCAGUUUCAGAAAAUCAAUACCAUGGCCGACCACCAAAAGAUUAUUUACAUAGCAAAACUCUAGAAAAUGACAGUCAAAGUGGAAAAUCUAUAGGAGCACUAGAUGCAUCAAAUAGACACAAUGAUGAUAGUUUAACGCAGCCAGAGCAAAGGUUAAAGAGUAUGAGUAAAUCGAAAGGUGGGAGAUCCAAGUCAACUGGAAGACGAUCUAAUCGAAAAUCUUCAAAGAAACAAAAACAGAACAGGAGAUCUGCCGAUGAGCAUAUGAAAGCCCAAGCAGCUACUUAUCACUGGGGGCUGGAAAAACAUAAGGACACAGAUGGAUUUUUUCAAUAUGCCAAUGUACCUAAGGCCAAGUCAUACGAAUACGGUUAUAGAAUUGGAGGCCCCGAGCACACAGUGGAGCGAUAUCAUAAAACUAAAGGGAUACAAUCCAAGAUUAAAGUAAACUGGGAACAUGAAAACGGAGAUUCUGGGGACCAGUACUGGGAGUUCAAUCAUGAUUCAUCUGAAGAUGAUGGAGAAUCUGAUAAGCCAGAAGCCAGAAAAGCCAAAAAUGUUAAAAAAGAAGAAGAAAAAGAUGAAGGAGAUGAUGAUGAUUGAAGUAGCGUCUUCAAAGAUUCAACAUUAAUGUACCCUUUUCCUAUGGAAUCGUGAGAGAUAUAAACUAUUCGAGGUUUAGUUUUAGCCUUAGAAAUUCAGCUCAUUCUGCACUGAAAAGGAACUUCUAACUAUUUUUUAAAACUUUUAAAGCAUCUAAAUAUUCAUAAAAUAUUUAGAAGCUAAAGAUCUGAGAUACUACUUCAGAACUGAAUGUUUCUGGAAUCGCGCAUGAAAAAGAACUUCAAGGAAAUGAUUUGAAAGAAAAUUGUCUUCUAAAUUAUUUAUAUGUCAAGACUAUUUCAUUGCCACAUUAGAAAUGUGUAGCAUUUUGUAAUUCUUUGAAAGGUGCUAUUUAAGAUUAUUUACACUAGAAUAUGACAACAAUUAAAUUAUUUCUUCCAAAAUACUAAAAUACCAUGGAAAACAAUUUCCAUUAUUAUUUCCAAAACCAUAUACUCUUUCUGAUAUCUCAACUAAAACGCAAAAUUCACUUUUUGAGAGAAAUGUCUACAAAAAUGUAUUACAUGCCUUUAUUUUGCAAAAAAUAAACAAACAAAUUUUAGGGGAAAUGUAUAUAUGCAAAACAGUUUUACUGAGCUCAGUAAAAUGACCACAAAUUGUUUUUUGCUUUUAUUCAGAAGUUAAGAGUAAUUGUGGUUUAUAAAUAAAAAGAAUAAUGGCACAAUUAAUGUCAUUAAUCGACCUUUUAAGUGCAACCCACAGUUCUAUGUAAGGAAAGCUCCAAGCCAACCCAGUUAUCUAUGCAUUAAAUUUAAUACCUUUCACUAAGCAUUGUAUCAAAACUGCAGUUAAAAAAUUAAAUACAUUUAAAUUAUACUAUAUGUAAUUUAAUGCUUUUAUUCUGAAAAUCUAAACCAUGGCAAUGGCAAAACUGCACUUUGGGCAUUAAAUUUAAUGUUUGUUAUUCUACAAGAUUUCUGAACAUCAUUCAGGUUUAUAGCAGCACAAAUACAUUCCACCGAUUUCCAACUAUUAACAAUAUAUACCUAAAUAUACUUCUCACGUAUAAAAAAUUUUAGUUAAUAUUUAAACACAGUUUGGGAGCUUUAAUAAGCUCGGUCACUUUUUCAGUCUCCUUUUUGGGAAAUCUUAUUAUACCACUACCAUACAUAUUUUAACCAGGAUUAAAUCGCAAAAGCAAUUAUUGCUUGCAUACGCUUUGUUGAUUUGCAGUCAAAUAUAUCUGACUGAUGUAAAAUUUACUGCUCACAUAUAACAGAAAAUUCUGAAAUUCUUCUAUAUGAUAUUUAAAAUUAUAUUUACAAAAAUAUCGUUUUAAUAUAUUAGUUUACUAGUCAAAACCGAUACCUGAAUGAUAACAAGCAGAAUCGUGAUUGUUAAUACUUGGAUAUCUAUUUAGCAAAAAAUGUGUUUAAUUCAGUUUUUCACUAAAAUAUAUCUUAUUUACACUUUAUAUAUGUGUGUGUCUUGUAAUGCUUUGUUAUAAUUUAUGCGUGGAAGCGAUAUAUAUUUUAGAAUAUUCAAAGCUAUAUUUUAGAAUAUUCAAAGCUAUAUUUUUGUUAAAAACAUCAAGUUCAUAUAGUGCACUAAUACAGAUUUAUGCACUUCAUGACAUAUAUUUGAAUAAAUUGUAAAAUCUAGUGCAAUUGAAAUAAAAAUUUUCUAGCUACAA